AAUCUCUGGACUCCUCUUUCUCAUUGACUCUGUACGACUUUCAUUGCCUCUCAAAGAACUCAACCUCCUUCCUUUGGGACUUCUUUCGUGACCGGUGCUGGUUUCCGGUCCCUGAUAUAUCCUUACCUCCCCCCGCCCGCCGCCCUCUGUCGUGACGUCCUCCCUUGCAUACUGUGCUACUGAUCCAUACGCUCUUGAGCCAUGAAGAUAUUCCCCUGACUGCGUGAACAAAAAGCUACACAUACACAAAUUUGCGACCUUUGAUUCAACCCUUCUCCCUACCUCCUGUGACUCCAACGAUAUCCCUGAUGGCCGUUCCCGCCCUCUCCACCAGCGGAUUGAUCGAUCCCACGAAACAGGCCGAAUAUCCUAUAGUGCUGGGCGACAGGCUCGCUGGCAAGGGCUCGUCAGACUCGCAGCUGGUUAAUAUCCAAUAUAAUUACAAAACCAAGUCUGCGACCGCCCGGUCCGUUAUUUCCCGAUCAAGGCAGUCCCGCGAUCGUUACAACCUAACGGUCACCGACAAAGCACCGAAUGCUGAACAAAAUGUGUUGACCUACGCCUAUCAAGGUAGUGUAGACCCGACACGAGCUGCACCGGAAUCAGGGGAACAUAAUCUAGUCUUGGUUUUUGACGCCAAUCGGAAAGUGUUCGUACUAGAACCAGUAGCGACACAGCUCAACUUCAAUCUCCGGUCGGCCCCAGCCAAAUCACACAAGCAGGUCAUUGAGCAAUAUGAACAGCUACGAACAUUACAGGAGGAGGACCAUGGAUUGGGCGACGAUCGAGGGUCUGACAAUGCCAGCGGUAACGAUGAUGGUCCGGCGGAUGACAGCAAUCCAUAUGACUUUCGUCAUUUCCUUCCAAAGGAGAAUACCGACGAUGACAAGUCUACCUCGGAUAUCAGCACCGGCAAAGCUGCGACACCGUUGAUGCCUGCAGUCAAACCAACUCCAAGUCCUAAGCCUAUGCCGGGCAAGCAGAAGCAGCGAGAUCCGCCGCUUCGGAAGAAGGAGCGGGCAGAGGCGGUCAAACCUCCGAAAUCCACCCCGAUAAAAGCGCCUCCUAAAUCUCCGGUUCGGGCUGAACGCAAAGGGCCCGAUCGGAAAGUGGCCCCUGAAGACGAGACGCGGACAAAUACAGCGAAACCUUCACCAGCUGACACUGGACUUGGGUUGGUCUCGUCUCAGAUCACCGAGCCUUCACCGGGGUCAAAUAUCAUCAUUGAUGGUGACCUGAUCAUUGAGAUGGGGUCGCCGCGGCCGUCGAGAAUCGACACGACCUACUUCUCCGAUACGCACACACCGGCCAGUGACGAUCCCGAGGACGAUGAAGAUGUUGAUCAUCUCCGGCUCCCUUCUCCGGCCAGACACGGCAAGGCACCUGCAGUUCGCGAGCCCGUCUCUGUGCCGCCCGCAGAGGAGGAUGAACUGGACGAUGAUGAUGCCUUGGCUGCUGAGAUGGAAGCGGCUUUUGAAGAGAGUGCACGAGAGGAAGAAGAGUCGCGUAGCCAACAAUCACAGCCACAAUAUUCGUCGCAUCUAUACCACGCUCCAAGUGACGAUGAGAGCGAGGUUAGUGAGGAGGAGUGACCUUGUUGCAAUUAGAGCUCCUGUUUAUC